AUGAAGAGACUAAUUUUGUUGCUUCUGUUUUGUCACCUUGCUUUUGCAGGUAAGAUAGUGAAACACUCGCUGACGUUUUUCCUCACAGCGUCCUCUGGAGUCAAAAACAUCCCAGAUUAUGUGGUUGUUGUGUUGGUUGAUGAAGUUCUAGUAGGUCAGUGUGACAGCGUCAGGAAGAUACCAGAAACCAGACAGGACUGGGCACAAAAAAUGAUAGACGAUUAUCCACAACACUUGCAGAUGUACAUUCAGAAUUGUUUGUCAAGCCAACACGAGAACAAAGCUCACAUCAACAUGUUGAAGAAGCAACUGAACAAAACUGGAGAUGUCCACAUCUUCCAGAGAAUGACUGGCUGCGAAUGGGACAAUGAGACUGGAGAGAUUAAUGGAUUUGUUCAGUUCAGUUAUGAUGGAGAAGACUUCUUAGUAUUUGACCUGAAGACACUGACAUGGAUCGCUCCAAAACCACAAGCUGUCAUCACCAAACAUCAGUGGGACAGAGAUAGACCUGAAAAUGAAUGGUGGAAAUACUUCCUCACCCACCGUUGUCCUGAGUUAGUGAAGAUAUAUUUGGACUAUGGGAAGAGCUUUCUGAUGAGAACAGAGCUUCCCUUAGUGUCUCUCCUCCAGAAGACUCCCUCCUCUCCAGUCAGCUGCUUCGCUACAGGUUUCUACCCUGACAGAGCCGAGAUGUUGUGGAGGAAAGAUGGAGAGGAGCUUCAUGAGAACGUGGAACUUGGAGAGAUCCUCCCCAACCAUGAUGGAUCCUUCCAGAUGAGUGUUGACCUGAACCUUUCAUCAGUCACACCUGAAGAAUGGAGGAGGUACGAAUGUGUGUUUCAGAUCUCUGGUGUGAAGGACGACAUCAUCACCAAACUGGACAAAGAUGUGAUCAAAACCAACUGUGUUUCUCCCUCAGAGUUCCCUGCUAGUCCUGUUAUUGGAGGUGUUGUAGGACUGCUGCUCCUGGCAGUCUGCAUCACUGGAGUCUUCAUCUGGAGAACGAGAAAUAAUGGAUUCAGGCCUGCAAACUCUUCAGACUCAUGAUCCUUUUAAAAUUCUUCAGUCAAAGAUGC